AUGUGUGAUCAGACGUUCGUGGCGGUCACCUUUGGCCCCUGUGAGAGCUGUGGGAUAGCGAGUCCCCUGAUGAACAUCUAUAUUAAGACUGAGCCCAUCAACUACUGCUCCUUCUGUGUGGAAGUGGUACGUGUUCAUUUCUACAUUGCAGUUUACCCAUUGAGUGAAAGUAUGUUGAUUAAACAAAAUAUUAAUUUGGUUGAAGUUGAAUCAAUCACUUUGGUUUUUUAUACAACUGGCAGAUGUCUUAAUAGAAAAAUCAGGAACAAGGCCAUAAAAAGAGCCCUAAGAUUACCUUAAUAACAAUGUUUUAAAUUUAAAAAGAGAUUAGUGCUAUUGAUCACUCAUUUGAUUUGCUUUUACUUAAAGGGAUAUUCCUGCGUAAAAUUACUUUAGGGUCGAACACACCGUAACACCGAGUUAGACAUCCCCUCGAGAGAUGAAUGUUGUCGACCGUUUGCUUCUCUAGUUUUACCAACUUUAGUAACAACCCUAAUACACAGCAGUCUGAGGAGCCAUACACAAACCUCAACCAAAAAACCACUCUAUAGCCACAAAUAAUGCUCAGAACAGCACCUAACUUCAUCAACAGUACAUAUAGGGUCCCAGCCAUAGUACAAGCCACCAACCAUCUUUUUAACUUUGCCUGAUUUCUUUAGCAAAGAGACUAAACACAACUCACCUACACUCUUCCAGCAGUCCCUUGUUUAUAGUGAGACCUCAGGCCAGUCCAUUAUGAACUACAGCGGGGUGACGCAGCUCAAGGAAGAACAUUUAUGUUCAUUUAUUCGUGGAAAUGCAAUCAGACCGAGACGCUAAGGCAGAAGAACUACUGUGUCUGCAGUUCAAAAUGAUUAAUAUGGUGGUUAUUACUUAAAGGAAAUGAUAAAGAAGUGAUCAUAAAUGUUCUUCCUUGAGCUGCGUCAUCCCGCUGUAGUUAAUAAUGGACUAGCCUGAGGUCUCACUAUAAACAAGUGACUGCUGGAAGAGAGUAGGUGAGUUGUGUUUAGUCUCUUUGCUAAAGAAAUUAGGCAAAGUUAAAAAGAUGUUUGGUAGCUAGUGCUGUGGCUGGGACCCCAUAUGUACUGUUGAUGAAGUUAGGUGCUGUUCUGAGCAUUAUUUGUGGCUAUAGAGUGGCUUUUUGGUUGAGCGCGUGGCUCUGUGUAUUGCUGGUGUGCAGUCGUUACUAAAGUUGGUAUAACUAGAGAAGCAAGUGGUCGGCAACAUUAAUCUCUCGACGGGGUGUCUAACUCGGUGUUACGGUGUGUUUGACCCUAAAUUAAUUUUACGCCGGAAUAUGCCUUUAAACUCCACAGCAGCUGGAGAAGGUCAACCUACUUUCUUUUGUUACACCAAGAGAUUUUAGAUAACUAUUAUAAGGCCUAUUGUAAUUAUUAUUAUUAUAAAUAUAACGUUUUAAAAAUGCUCUUUAAAAGUCGAGUCUAAGACAGUAAUUGAAGUGUGGGUGAAAGUAGGCCUUUCUUUGCAUCAGCCUUGAAUGCCUGUAAGGGAUUGGGUUGGGGAGGGGGGCUCACACACUCAGCACGAGCCCGGUGUGGAACGCAGCAGCAUCACUGUCGCUCGCGAGGACGACUACUUUAUCAGAGCGUGCCGUCCCCCUUUAAAACUCCCCUUCCUCUCCUCGUGUUUUCUCGUGUCUCCACUUGUUCUUGUUUCCUGAGUGUUUUGUUUUUGAGCUGUGUGGUUGUUUUUCCCCCUGAAUGAAGAUGGCCUGUAAGGGGCUCCAGACAGGAGAAACCCUGUCGUCGCUGAAGAGGGAGAGCGAGAGUCUGAGGAAGAAGCUGGAGGAGGAGCGGCGCAAGCUCGCCGACGUGGAGUGUAAGUGUCCGGGGACAAACUUUAACUAAACCGAGAAAAGAAAAAGCGCUACUCUUAGUUUGUCUCUCCUUUUUUAAAACGUGGUAUUACUUACAAGAAAGCUCGACUCAAAACUUGACAGCUGAUAGUUUUUAUGAAGCAGUCCGAUUACUCUGCUGUUGCUGUUGUUGUUGUUUACUCUUGAUGACAUUGUUACUACUCCGCCCUCAGUCUGUCAGUCAGUCAGUGCUGUUAUGUCGCCUGUUAGAAAAUAUCUGAGAAUUUGAGCUGUAUUUAAAGAAAAUUCUCCGUAACAUUUGCUCUAGUUGCUUCAAGAUUUCAUACAGUUUUAGCGACUUAACUCUGACUUAUUUCUUUCACAGUUGAAUAAAAGUUGUAGAGGAGGUAUGGAGGUCUUUAACUUCAGUAAAAACAGCAUAAUCAUAACAGUGAAGAAAUGACUAACGAUUUAUCUGUCUAACAUGCUGAAAAAUGUUAAUUCGAUCGUGUAUCAAGAGGAAAUGUCACACAGUUUGGUCUCUUUAAAUGAAAGGUUUUUCCAUCUUUGAUUGUUGAUAAAGAUGAUAAGAGUUUUAGACUGUUGGUUGAACAUUAUCUAAACUUGGAGGCACCAUAACCCUAAGAAACUGUAGCUACAGUAUGCCAAUAUAUCUGUCCUUAUUUUAAUGUCAUUAAAGUAUUCAUCAACUCUGUUUUAGUUAGUCAUUACUAAAGUAUCUGUAGUUGGAUCCAGUUUAUUGACUGUUCAUAAUUUCAUACACACUUCAAUUUUUAGUUUGAUAGGUAAACAAUAAAAAGAAUAAAACAGAGGGUAUCUACAGUAUGUGCGUUUAAGUAAAUUAAAUCCACAGCCCUAUUCUUACAAAAGAUGGUGGUCAUUUGUAUAUUAAUGUUUAAGAUUCAGUUGACUUAAUGUGUCUCUGUGUUUGUGUUUUUCAGUGAAUCAGGCGGCUGAGAAAGUGGAGGUGGUGGGGGCUCUCUCCAUAAAGACCAGGCGUUUGCUGAAAGGUCAUGGGAACAAAGUGCUGUGUAUGGACUGGUGUAAAGACAAACGCCGUCUCGUCAGCUCCUCACAGGUUUGUCUGUGUUCAGGGAGUUUUAUUAUGAUUUACUACAAAAUUUCCAUUUCUCAUGGCCUGUAUAUUCUAAUUUCUAUCCUAUUUCCUAUAUAUCUGUCUUUUUCCAGGAUGGUAAAGUAAUUGUCUGGGAUGCUUUCACUCUUAAUAAGGUGAGUAGUGGUCUAUGUGACGCUUUAGUCCAAGCGUAGGAAAAUGUGCCUUAAGCCAUUCAAGAAGCAAACGCACAGAAAUACAGUGACAGAAUAUUGACAACCAUAACCAGGAAAAAAAUCACUCCUGUACCUGGAAAUACACUUGAGACUUGGCAAACAUGGAGAGGAAAUGGGAUUUAGUGCUUGAUACACAUGAUCCAUACACCCAUGACAAAUUCAUCCACCAAGUACUGCAAACUCAGCCUCUGAGACAUAUUUUUAGCCCAUGUUGAUUUUUUUCUUCUUCAGUGGCACUUCUGUUUAAAUAAACUCAUCACAUUUUUCAAAAACACCACGUUCAGUCUUGUUUGUAUUCAUUAUUUCAUCUGUGACAAAUUAAAAUUUCAAGCAUCCAUCCCAAAGACUGCAUUGCAGAGAGGGACAAUCAUGCAAAUGAAUGGGGCGGUUACUUCCUGGGGCUUGGUUGCCCAGUUUAACCUUACCCACUUCUCUGCUCUGUUAUGUAAGACUACGUGUUGUAUUUUUCCACUCAUGUCCUCCUCACCAUAUGCACGGGUAGUGAGUGGGUGGGAGGGUCAAACUCUGCUGCCACACUGCUCUGAUGAAGAGGCCGUGACACGGUCACAUGGAAAUAUGCGCUUAAAGAUUAUCCAUCCAUCUGUCCAGUCCGUGUGUGUCUGAGCACUCUUAAAGAGUAGCCAGGACUCAGCCUGACUGAACCAUCAGGCCUCUUGAUGGAGAAGACACAACUUCGGGGAACAUAAUCUCUAUUAAUGCUCACCAUAGCCACGUUUACUGCAGCUGUAUGGUUAUUCAGUCUGUGUAAGAGAGCUGCUGAUUAAUUCUAAUGAAGAAGAUGAAGUUGUGUUUCAACAAAUGAUCACUUUUUCCUCUCUUUUUCAUACUUUUGUGUUUGUGUGUAUGUAUGGGGAUGUGUUACAGGAGCAUGGAGUGAGCUUGCCCUGCACAUGGAUGAUGGCGUGUGCCUAUUCUCCCUCAGGUUGUGCUGUGGCUUGUGGGUGAGUAUAUCUGAUUUUGUCUCUGUGUGUCAGCUUUAAUUGAAGAUGAAGUAACUGCCCACCAAACAAACACAAGUUAUAUAUAUUAUAACCCCAGCUCCCUGGUGAAAAUCUCUGAUGUUAUUUUUUCUUUUUGACAGUGGAUUGGAUAAUAAGUGCUCAGUGAUCCCACUGUCACUGGACAGAAACGAGAAUUUAGCUGCUAAGAAGAAAUCUGUGGCCAUGCACACCAACUAUUUAUCAGGAUGCACCUUCACUGGCUCUGACAUGCAGGUGAGCACAAGGUUAUAUCUAAAAAACCUUUAUCGUCGAAUACAUAUUUGUGUACUUUUUCUACAGUUGAGCCAAUUAAAUAUGAUCUGAUUUUGAAAGAUUAAUAGACACAAGAGGAUACUUCAUUUACAAUCAGCAUUUUGCUUUAAUUCAAGGUUCUCUCAAUUAUAAGUCCUGAGAUUAAACCAGCUUAGCUUUUAAAAAGAACAGAUAGCAACCCCAAUGGCAUAAUAAUGCUCAUCAGUACUAUAAUAAGCAGGAUGCAACAGUUACACAAUCGCCAGGAUUUGUCACACCUCUAAGCCAACAGGCUACUUCCAUAUUACCAUAGUACCUUAUUGCUGCCAUUAAGAUUAAGUUAGAAUAAAAUAAUCUUUAGCAAGUACAGCAAUUUUGUAAUGCAUUAAAGAUUUUUUUCACAGAUAAGUUACAGGGUAAAUAAUGGGAGAAGAAGGUUGGGGGCUGAACCAAAAAAGAGAAAAUUUAGAAAUAAGUGUCACAUUUUUGCACUCUGUUAGUGUCUGCACUGUAGCCCUCAGCGAGGCAGAGGAGCACAAUGAAGAGGCAGAGGAGGGAGAGGUGAGGGAGAUGGAUGGCAGCACUGAGGAGGGGACAGAAAAGAGACAGGACAGCAGUGGAGGGGGGGUGACAGUCCUGUGUGCUGGGUGUAUUAAUGGACACUGAGUGGCUUUUAUCUGAGUAAGAAAGGCGCACACUGACCCAAGGGCAGAACAUUUAACACAUAGUAGACAAGCACAUGUGUGUUUCCUUCUUGUCUGUCUCUCACACACAUACACAACACUGUCACACAUCUUUUCUCUUGUACUGUGUCUCACAAAGACACACACACGCACACGAGAAGCCCACAGCCUGAGUACCAUUGAAAAAUAGCUUGGAGCACCAAACAUGUAGGAUUCAGAAAGUGUCUUUACAGUUCUAUUUAUGAAAGACUUGUUUUCUUUUUUAGCAGCUGGAGUGCUUGUGUGUGUGUGUGUAUCGAACUGCUAGAGGUACAUUGAGUUUUUUUGUCCUUAAAUAUGAUAUCUAAAAUAUCUUCAUGCAUGUUGCAUAUGAUUAAAAAACAGUGACCUGCAGGUGUUGGUAGAAAAAAAAUCCCACUGAUGCAAAGAUUGACAGAUCCUCAAGGUCCCAUCAGUAUGUGUGUGUGUGUGUGUGUGUGUGUGUGUGUGUGUGUGUGUGUGUGUGUGUGUGUGUGUGUGUGUGUGUGUGUGUGUGUGUGUGUGUGUGUGUGUGUGUGUGUGUGUGUGUGUGUGUCAGUCGUUGUGGUUUGCUGAUAAUUGCACUCUUGUUGAAACUGGAGCUGCCUCUGUGUGCAGCCAGGAUGUGGGGUGUUCUGGUGCCUGAGGUCAUCCAGCAGGAGCUCUCUAAUCCAGCAGCCAGGAGGGAUCUCUCAUGUCUGCAUGUGCCUCUGAAGAGCUCGGAGUCUGUUUUUUCGUCAGAGGAAUCACUGCUGAUUUUUUGGGCAUUUUAUCUGCUUGUUUGUAUGUGGAUGCAUGUUGAUGUGUGCUGAUGGUCAAACCUGGUGUAACUACUACAUAUAGACAUUUGUCAGAGAUAGAGCUCUACAAAACAAAUCUACCUACUACACACAAAAAAAGUUAUGUUGCAAAUGUUAAUAAAGCUUUUCCUUUCUUUCUCUAAAGCAGUCUGUUAGUUAAAAUAACCACAUUUUAACUCUACCAACUCAUCUGGACAGCCAAAUUUUAACAUCUAAACAUAUAUGUUUGAAUACUUUAAAGAAUCAAUGUUGAACACAUGCGGUAUGGCUGUCCUCUUCCAUAGAUCUUGACCUCCAGCGGUGACGGCUCGUGUGCAUUGUGGGAUGUGGAGAGCGGGCAGCUGCUGCAGAGUUUUCAUGGCCACACAGCUGAUGUUUUGUCCCUGGACCUGGCCCCCUCUGAGACCGGAAACACUUUUGUCUCUGGGGUAAGAGGCUGUGCAUGUGUAUUUGUAAAUCACUGAUGGUAGUGUGACUUUUGGAUUUUAUUUAAUACUGAAAUUGUUUAGUAGACUUUGAUUUCCACACUGUGUGUUUGCAGGGCAGUGAUAGGAGGUCCAAUGUGUGGGACAUGCGCUCUGGACAAAACAUUCAGUCUUUCGAGAGCCAUGAGUCCGACAUCAACUGUGUGAAGUGAGUCCAGCUCUUUGAUUCAAUGACUGAGGCUGAAUAUCUUCUCAACAGAGAAAAGACAUUAAACUCGUCACACUGUGGGAAAGAGUCGAUAUGGAACUUUUGAUACCUCUGCACAUAUGAGACUUCAACGACUGAUCUAUACUUGAUCAUUGAAAUGCAUCAUAACACAAGAUAGUUUACCUGUUCAUGUCCACACAUAUGCUCCAUGUUAUAAAGAACAUCUGAGGCACCUUACUUCCCUUCAAUUUCUCUCUGUAAUGGAUCAUUAUUAUUAUUAUUAUCAUUAUUAUUAUUAUUACAACCCUUAUUGAACCAGGUUUGUCCCAUUGAGAUCCAAGACCUCUUUUGCAAGAGAGACCUGGCCAAGAAUGGCAGCACAUAUAGUUUCAAUACGUAAUCACAUUAAUCAUAUACAAUACAAAGAAUGGACGGCACAGUAGUUAGCACCGUUGCCUCACAGCAAGAAGGUCUUGGGUUCGAAUCCGGGUCAGGGUGUUUCUGUGUGAAGUUUGCAUGUUCUCCCUAUGUGUGCGUGGGUUUACUCCGGUUACUCUGGUUUCCUCCCACAUGCCAAAAACAUGCAGAAAUGGGGUUAGGUUAAUUGGCCACUUUCAAAUUGCCUGUAGGUGUGAAUGUGAAUGUGGUUGGUUGUUUGUCUCUAUAUGUCAGCCCUGCGAUAAACUGGUAACUGGUCCAGAGUGUCCCCUGCCUUCACCCGAUGAUGCUGGGAUAGGCUUCAGCCCCCCUGUGACUCCGAACGGGAAUAAGCAGUAGAAAAUGGAUGGAUGAAUACAAAUAAUAAUUGAAUUUUUAAAAUUAGUGAAAAGAAUUUACAAGAUUCGUCAAACAUUUGCACUCAAAUAAAACAUUUGCAGUCCUGAAGCCUGGAUGUAAAUGAAUUAAUCAUGGAUUUGUAUACAUUCAGAGAUACCAGACUUUGGAGUUUCAGGUCUGAUUGUAAGAUGUUGCAUGUACUCGGAGCAGAAAAAUCUAAAAGCUUUCUUCCCCAUCUCUGUUCUGACCUUAGGAGCAGUAAAAUGAUAAAAGUCGUGGGAGUGGAGACUGUAGGCCCUAUUAUUCAAGAUUUAAAGGGAUGAUAAAUAAGAUGGAGUCAUCUGAAGAACAGCCGUAUAAAUCAACACGUACCAAUGCCCGAGCCGGCGCACAUGUAAAGAUGGCCAAGUUACUUUACUGUAUCAGACACAUCGAUGUGUUAGAGCUCCACAGUCUGUAAUCAACCUAAGAGCACCAUGAUGCACACUAUCCAGCAUGUGGAGGCAUUGAACAGAGGCAUUCAUGUAUAACACAUCAGCGUAAUCAAUAAUUGGAAGAAAGGUUGAAUCCACUAGGCUGAAUAGGUACAGGAUCAAAGACUGUUGUGCCCUCAGUGUAAACCAUAGUGCAGAAACCUUGAAUACAGCUUUUAUUUUGUCUUGGUUCACUGAAGAAACUUUGAAUUACACCCUGACUCUUUUGUAAGUGUGUUAAGGCAAACAGUUCCCAAUCUUCAGACGCAUUUUUCUGAAAUUGGUUACACUUUCAGAUUUCACCUUUUUUUUUUUUGGAUGAUUGUCAGUUGGGAGAGCAAAAUAUACAAGAUGCCUGAAAUGCUAAAUGGGAUCUAACAAGACACUUGUGAUGCGUUAGGGAGGCGAGGUUUUCACUCCAAAGUUCAGUCCUGUGACACAAGUUGAGCACUUUAUCUGUUAUUUUAAUAUAGUUGAUCAUGUUUAUACAGCUUAUCAUUGUAUCCUAAUGACUCUACCUGUUUCAUGCUUCUUUUAGGUAUUACCCCAGUGGAGAUGCAUUUGCUUCUGCUUCUGAUGAUUCCACCGUGAGUCACGUCAUAUGUGCGGUCCAACAUUGUGCUGUGAUGUGUGUGCUUGGUCCUGUGAAACACAUCCUCAUAGGAUGCAUCCUUUGUUGAUUGAUUUAUUUGACCCAUUCUUAAAAAGUUCUAUUUAAUCUUAAUUUUUACUUUUUUUCAUAGAAAGUUUUUAGAUUAUGACAAAAUUAAAAAACCUCUUUUCGGCUAUCGAAGGAUAGAUUCAUGAACACAUCAAGAAUUUCUUACCUUGUUUUGAUGCCAUUGCUGUCCAUUUUUAAUAUACACUGAGAGGCUUAUUAGUAACCCUGAUCCUGUCUCUGAGGUAUUCCGUAAGACUGCUUACUGUGGACUCCUCUCAUGGUAAGAUGACAACAGUCAAAUACUAAUUGUGUGUUUGUGUUUGUGUGUGUGUGUGUUGUUGGGAUUCCUCAGUGCCGUUUCUAUGACCUGCGAGCUGACAGAGAGGUGGCGGUCUACCAGAAGGACAGCAUCAUAUUUGGUGCCUCCACUGUGGAUUUCUCUCUGAGUGGUGAGGAGUUAUUUGAAUACUUCUCAGUUCUUUGACAUCUGUGUCUAAAACAUGAAUCUGUAAAGUAAGCCGUGAUAAGGACAUUUUUUGAUUUGCACUAUUCCAGAAAAGUUGAUUUGCAGUGUAAAAUGUUAAUAAAGACAGUUUGAUGGUUUACAAAUCCUUUAAACCCUGUUUUUGAUUUACAAUAGUCAACAUAUCAAAUACUGAAGUCAAGUUCUACCACAGACCCAUACUGUUGUAGUAGCAUGCAUAAUGUGUUUUGGUAAAGUGUUACACUAUUUGCUCACACAGUCUCUCACAGAGUCAAAAAUGACUUCUCGUUUCAUAAUUCUACACUUCCCCUUUCACUGUCUCUCAUGUCUGUCCUCAUCUCUUCAUCCUCCAGGUCGUUUGCUCUUUGCUGGUUAUAAUGACUACACCAUCAACGUUUGGGACGUUUUGAAGGGGACUCGUGUCACGUGCCUGUUUGGACAUGAGAACCGUGUCAGCAGAGUCAGAGUGUCACCUGAUGGCACGGCGCUCUGCUCGGCCUCUUGGGACAACACCUUACGGGUAAGCUGGAAUUUCCCUGAUGUUCUUGAUUUCCCCCACACACACUUUUCUGUGCGCUGCUUUUGUACUGCAGUGUAAGCAACAUUGAACAGACACUUCACCUUUUUGUAUAAAAUCACAGCAUAUCAGCUAGGUUUGAGAAAUUACUCUGAGCUUGUUCAAUGAAAAUUAUGUUUGAAAUAGGAACUUUUUAGUAAAACAGGUUUGUAUUUCACUAAUCUGAUCAACUACUUUAUAUGUUUGGACUACAAGGAUCUGAAAGUGGAUUUUUUUUUUACUAAGAUUCUCAUCUUGUCAUUUUUCCUACAGUAUGAAAAAAACUCAAAAGUAUCAGCCAUGAAUGUCCUGAUUUUAACAAACUACAUCUACUUACUUGAAAGAAAACUCUUUAUUGUGAAAAGCAGAAACUUUUGACUAAAAGGUUUUUGUUUGUAAGUUUCGUUUCUGUCUUUUGUUUUGUGCUUUGACUCAUUUGCCUUUUCUUUUUACUCAUACAGAUUUGGGCUUAG